AUAAUUGUCUUCAUAUUAUAUUUUUUCUUAAAAUAUAGUUAUAUAAUUUGAUAUUUUUGAAACAUAGGAUGGAUUCUACAUCAAGUGGUCAAAUAAGAGGGCGUGGAAGAAACAAACGAGUGUGGACUCCUGGUGAGGAUGAAAAAUUGGUUGAGUGUCUUGUUGAGUUGUGUGUUUCAGGGAAGGUAAAAUGUGACAAUGGGUUUAAACCAGGAGCAUUUUUACAAGUGGAGAAGAUGUUAGAGGAAAAGCUUCCAAAUAGUGGACUUAAAGCAAGUCCACAUAUUGAAUCGCGUGUGAAGACUUUAAAAAAACAAUUCAAUGCCAUAAUGGAUAUGUUAACCCAUGGUAGCGGGUUUUCUUGGGACAAUGAAAAGAAAAUGGUUUUAUGUGAUCAAGAUGUAUUUGAAGGUUGGGUAAAGGGGCAUAAAGAUGCUAAUGGUUUGAGACUCAAGCCAUUUCCACAUUUUGAUGAUCUAAGUCUUGUUUUUGGUAAAGAUCGUGCUAAUGGAAAAGGAGCAAUGUCAGCUGCUGAUAUUUUGGAAGAGUUAGAUCAAGUUGAAGCAAGCAAUGGCAUUGGAGUUGAUGACUUAGAAGCUGAAGUUGAUGCCUCUCAUACUAAUACAGUUGCAUCCACUCCAAGUAGAAUGGAAUGUUCAUCACAAUCUCGUAGGAAAAGAGCAAGGAAUGAUGACACAACUUUAAUUAAUGUGAUGACAAGAACAUGCAAUGCAUUAGAGAGCCUUGUUGGUAACUUCAACCAACAGACGGAAAAGGAAAAUAGAGUGGUUGGUGAGUUGGAGAAACUUCCUAAUCUUAAUAGGUUGGACAUAUUGAAGUUAAGUCAAAUUAUUAUGAGUGACCCAAUGAAAGUCAAACUUUUGUUCAAUUUAGAUGAAGAUCUCAAGGUUGAAUGGGCGAAACAACUUCUUCAAACCCCAUAAAUCUCCAUGUUGCAUCCUUGUUGAUUUAUUGUCUUUAGGUUGGAUUGAUAGAAAUUUUAGGUUGGAUUUUGUUUCAUCACUUUCCUAGGAACUUUUUUAUUGAUUUGAUGGCUUAA